CAGUGAGAAUUGUGGGUUUUUCCUUCUUUAACUGAGGGGUACCAACAGUUUUGUCCACGUGUGUAUGAAAGAAAUUAAAUUUAAGAGAGCUGAAGUUGUUUUUCUUGAUGAGAAUAAACAUCAUUGGAAUUAUAGUUGACUUGAACUUCAUUUGACCUGACAGAUUUAAGGUGCAUCACAUUGUCCAAGUUGUUGCCCUGAAGCUUUUCCAGCAUUUUUUUUGGUCCAAGUCCAUUUUUGAUGUUUUGCUGAUCUGCAGAGGACACUCAAAAUCUUUGUAUUCUUUAGCCAUGAAGAAACUUAACUUAGAGGAUUAUUUCCAUAAAACAAUGUUGUACUUUUGUGCUGUUGAAGGUAAGAGAGAAACUGAGGGAAUGCUUCAGCUCUACCCACUGCACAUUGUCCAGGUUUCAAAUCCCCUUUUGUUGUAUGUAAAUCUGGGCUCAUUUUCACAGACGCCUCCAGUAUAAAUCAGGAAAAGAAGUAAAGCUCAGAGGAAUUCUACAAAGCUUGUUGGAUGGAAGAUAAAUUGUUAUUUAAAUCUUUUUUUUUUCUUUUUGUGGGAGAUGCAGACUUUCCAGAAAAAAAUUAGAGUACAUUCUAUUUUUAUACUUUGACAUUAAUUAUUAAAAUUUGGCAGAACUGUUGAGCAGCACAGACAAAACAGGAAGUUGGUGUUUUAGCCGGAGGACACUGUCAGACUGACUGAACAACCACUAGAUGUACAGUGACUAGUACUACACCUCUUUAUAGGUAAAACCUGGACAUGAACACUGGACCUGCAAAUUUUGAAACAAUCGGUUAUCUUAAUUAGUCUUUUUUUCUACCUACUGAACAUAGUUAACACACACGUGACACACAUACAAUCUCCUAAUUUAAAGAAACAUUUGUUAAUAUAGUACAUUUAAGCAAAACAAAACCAUUUAACUGACCUGAAAUGCUGAUACUAGCUGUGCUACAGUAACAGUAGUGCUGCUUCCAAAGCAUAUUUUUAUAUGCAUUUAGAAAUAUGGCAUAAGAAAAUGUUAAGGGAAAUGGCAAACUUAGACAAAACUAACUUUCCCUAUUUUGCAGAAAAGUUAUUUUUGCUUGCUUAUGAUGUUUUUUGACUAUCUGAUAAAACAAAUAUUUAACUUAAACGCUUCUUUCAUUGUGUUCACCAAAUAGUAACAGCUUGCCCAACUCAAAACACCCCCCCCCCCUCCUGCAAAUUGAAAAAAGUUUUGUUUGUUUCUUCUGUCAAUGAGAUUUAAUUGAGUGAAAAAAGAGAGCUUGCAGAACUUAUGAAAUUCUGGUGAAGUUGUUAUAUUUGUUUAACCCUCUGAACAGUUUUCUUAAAAAUUUAUCAAAUCUUUCAUCAAAGCCAGACACUGUAAAAAUUGAAAGAAUGAUCAUAUUUUCAACUUUUCAGCGGUCCUCAAACUAAUCACGCCUGAUGUGGAGUUCUAUUGAUCCAACCUAAGCAAAAAAAUCACGACAUUUCAUUAAAAUCACUUUAUUUUAUAGGUCUCAUUUCAAAGAUUGGCAAAAAUAAACCGUUUUCAGUAGCCAGGUUCUGUAAAAAUCUAAAGUUUUGUUCUCCUUCUCGUAACUGAGAAACCACGAGUGUAUCAGCUGUGACCAACAGUCAUGUGGCAAGACUUUUAGGCUGAACUGCAGGCUGUGUUUACUAUUUAAAUUAUUCAUAGAAAUAAUACAUUUACAUUAUUUUUUCCAUCCAUAGGCACUUGGAUAAAUGUUGUACCUUUUCUAAAAAGAUGUAAAGAAAAUAUCCAAAGAAAUUUAACUUAAUUUUUAAAAAAUAUCUUUUUUCUUAUGAUUUAUGACUAUGUUAUAGUUUUGAGUUCUCCCUACUUCUAGUAAUGCUUUGUGCUGUUUCCAUAGAAGUGAAAGACAGUGAAAAAUGAACCCACGGCAAGUAUGAAUAAAGAUUUAUUUCUUCCCCUCUGAUGUUUUUCUUCCCUUAAUCUUCAGAGAAAACCUGACUCUCCAGCUUGUACAUGAUUUUUUUAAAAAAAGUUAUGGCCAAGGGAGUCGAAAAGAAAUAAGCAGCAAUUUAAUAUGACAUGUACAUGAAGCCCUAUACGUUCCAUAAUGACCAUGUAUGAUUAGUAAAUGUGUUUUAAUCCAUGAAACUUCAAGGUUGUGCAGAACUGCUCUCCGUUUGAUCAGUAAAUUGUCCUUGACAUGUAAAAUGUGUGGAAUAACUGCUUUCUGUCAUAUUGUAAAGUUGAAAUUCAUCAUGAGAGACCAGUCAGAUCCGGCACUUUAUCCCAUCCUGCACGGCAGAUGGUGAUUCAGCCAAUGCAAAGAUAUAUUGCACUUUGCAGCAUAACAAAGUAGGUUUAGAUUGGACCAUCAGGAGCUGUGAGCUGCCAGUAUCACACUGUAGCGGAGUGUGGUUUGGCAGGAACGAGUUACAGAUGGGGCUGCAAUUUAGUCCCCAUUUAAAGGUGCAGUAUGUCGCCUAAAAAUCUUCGCUCAGCCACAUGAACGUCCUCCGUCAAGGCAAAAUGGGUUUUUAUAUCACUUCCCUUAGAGACACAGUGAGAUAGUUUUGACUCCCAUUUGGGGAAAUACCAUCUAAAGAAAAUGAACAGUAAUCAGGGGGUUUGUCUGAGCUGUCCUUCCUGAAGUUUAACCACAACUGCAACACACCAGCACCAAAUUGCAAAUACCACAGUGUAAAGUGGGAAAAAUCCCCCUGUGGUGACUCCUGCUGUGGCUCCCCGCUGGGACGUGAUCUGAUCGAGUACAGCGUGAAAUGCACCCACAAACUGUCAUAACUAAUCGAAUGCUGGCCGUUUCCUCUGAAGCUUGUUACACACAAACUGCUACUCGCAUGAAAAAAACUUUACGGCUAUGACUGACAUGCUGUUUAAGAGGCCAGGGGUGCAUAAAGAAGCUGGAGGAGGUUUGAUGAGUCAUAACACAGCAGGAGAACUGAUUCAUUAUCAGUUAAUUUAUCCCCAGGAGCUUUUUUGUGUUUUACAAAGCGCAGCACGGAUUUCAAACAGAUUAGCUCUGUGGCCCUGAACUGCAUUUGACAUCACCUGGUCAGGCCUCAUAGUUUUUACUGAUCCAAAUUUAUGUCCCAAUCUCAGCGGUAGUUAAUCAUCGCGUUAUCAGUGACAUUUUCGGAUAAUUCAAUUCGGCCUCUUAGAUUUUAAUGGCUCAAAUAAAGCCGAUACUUGAAGCGUUUACCAUAAAAAACAUUUUUAAAAAGUUGGAGCGCUUGUUAUAAAAUUUAUUAGUUUCAAGGCUAUUAAGUUGUUCGUGUUCCCCACUUAAGGUUGAGUCUCUUGAUAUGUAGAUAGAAAUUAAAGGAGAGAUAAACAGUGAGUGGAUCGUUUCUCAGUUGCAGUUCUUGUCUGCAGGCAGCAAAUUGUGUUGACUAGUCAUCAUCAUUGCUCUGGUGACUUAAUCCACAGAGCUGUUUUUCUGGCCACUAGUGGAGCAUGCACAAGAGACUGUUGUAUUUCUGGAGUCUUGCAUCAGAGGAAACACACAAACUCGUGGGUUCUCAAGCAAAGCCUCAACCGCUGUGGUGCAAAACACCAAAGGGGAAAAAUCUUUUUAAAAUGUCUCAAAUUACCAACACUUGUGCUCGUGCUUGGUCACUUUUUGCUUCUGAGUUAUGCAGCCGCUGAGAUGCAUGUGAAGGAUGAUUCUGUUUUAUUACAACUUAUUUUGGGUUGUAUUUUGAAAGCUUUGGCUGUCAAUCUAAAUCGUUAUAUGUCCUGUGCAUUUAAUUAUGUUAGCAAUGAUCUGACUUUCAGUUUAAUAAUCUGGUGAAACUGCCCUUACAGGAAAGAAAUAAAAGCAAAGUAGAUGGUCUACAGCAUAUAUUACAGUAUAUAUGCAUACUCGCUGUGUAUGUUCAAGGAUCUCAUUUGAUUUGCACAAAUCACUGACAUUCUAAGCACAGCAAAGCCACUUAGGAAGAGGUUUUAAGUUGAAAAUGCAACAUAUAUGUCUUAGACAUCUAAUCCUGCCUCCUAGAAAUGAUGAACUCGUAAUAUGCUACUGGAAUUCCUGCUUUUUUUUUUUAAAUCAACAAACUGAGGAAAGAUUUUUAAUGAAUGCAUCGGAAAUGUCACACACAAACACAUUCCACAGUGGGACGUGGGACAGAUCGCCUGCGGUGAGGUUUAUAUGGAACAUACGUACAGAAUUUUACAGUGUUUUUUACUUGUUUUUCUCAAAAUAUCACUCCUUCCAAUACAAUACUCACAAGCAAAGCAUGACUGAUGUUAGUUAUCUUAAAGCUUAUAGGAUUAGCGCAAGAAUUGGUGUAGUUCUACCUAUCGAGUACCAGAAAAUGUCCAUAAGAGAGAUUUCAGGCAACACUGACAAACAACCUGUGCUGCUGUUUGGAGGACCUGUGAGAAGUGUUUUCAUGUGGCUAAACUGUCAGCUUAUUGUCAUCCUCUCUGACCUCAUGUCAUCAUAACCGGUGUAAAUGACGGCCGAGACAACCGAGCUGUAACGUGAAGAGUUGCUGUUUACAGUGCAUUCUGGCAUCUCUGUGUGCUGCUCACUUAAUAGCAGACUUCGGGAGAGAUAGCACAGUGGCCAUUAAAGUUUAAUGCCCUUAUUUGGUCCCUGUGAAUAGUACAUGUGGCAGGCAGCAGCUCUUCCUCGCUCACCUCCCGUGGCUCAUUACUAGUAAAUCAACCUGCAAGCGCCGUGCGAGCUCCCCGUUGUAAAUCCGAGAUGGAUACCGGCUGGUAGUGACCUUUAGUUGGUUUUGCAUUAACUUUUUUUCUAAAUUAAGCCACUAUUAGAGCCAUUCUCGUGGAAAAGAGCAAGUAUAGCAGCAGAGUGGGAGGUGGAAGCUGGCUGCCUGAAAUAGGUUACAGUCUGCCGCAAUACAACAACCAUUUGUUGUACUCCCUGUAGUGCACAUUGUCUGAUGAUUGUGACAAGUUGCAACACUUGGGGAAAGUGUUUCAGGUAAACAGGUUUUUCUUGUGUCUCCAUGCACACUAUAGACUCCUCUUAAUGCUUAUGAGGGAGUGGAGAAUAGAGGAAAGUGGGCUUGAUUUACAUAUGUUUUGCUGUUUUGAGUUUCUCUAGCAGUGUAGAAACAGCAGUAAGCCUAUCACGAGGUCCUCUGAGGAGUUAGAUUUGUUCCUUCAUGUGGAUAGUGUUUACCCUGCCAAACAACACCUGAAGCUCCAAGAUCUGCUGUUUAUCCCCCUGGGGGUGGCGCUCUGAUACAGUAUGGCUACAGUGCUUCAUAUAGACCGCGGGGAGGAUUGUGUGCAUUUGAGGACAGAUUCUAUACCGCCACACUUCCUAACAAAUUCAGCAACUAUUUCUGUUUUUUUUCUCUUCCUCUGUGACUUGCAGAUAAGAAAGUGGCUGUAGCGACGGUAUUAACAGUGUUUCCAGAAGCUGCCAUUGUUUCCAGAGCCCAUGUUGAGGGGAGAUUAAAAAUAAUAAGUGGUGGUGCCAUUAGAAAUGGCGGCAGGCAACAAAACAUUCAUUCCAGUUUGUUGUUGAACUUCUACCCUGCCACGUUGCGGGACUGAUAAAAGUUGUGCUGCAGGCAAGCCCUCGUCUCUAUUUAUUCAUUCAUGCUUACUUGGCUCUUAAGGACAAGACAUGGUUUUUAAAAGGCAAACAUAUGGACUUAUUGAAACGCUGGUUUUCCAGUUAUAGACAGUGAUGCUUAUCAGAGAUAUUUGCGCUUGACUUGAGCCCCACCUCCUUAGUAACUAUUAAAAUUUGGCCAAAUAUUACAUUCGUGUAUGGCAUGUAUAGUUUACAAUGAUAGCAACAAUGGAUUUACUUUGGAAAGGUCUUUGGAAAGGAGUUUCUCAUUUCCAGACAACAGCUAGCUAGAUUCUGUUAGUUGUAGCUGUCAGCUGAUGUCUGUGCCAGAAGUGUUCCAGUGGGUUUAAAACUUGCUGACUCUUGUGUAAGAUAACUUCAAAAUAAAAUGCAUGUAAAAUGAUCCUAAAUAUGCAUAUGAUUGCUACAUGUAGACUGUAAAAACAAUAUAGUCAAGGGCUAUAAGUAGUGUUGUGAUAAGGAAAAAUGUAAGAUCUGAUUGUUAGUUCUUUCUGCUAUAACUGAAUUUGGUUGUUUAGUUUACAAAUUUAUUCAUUAUUACUCUUUUUUCAAACAUUUCUCUUUUAACAUGACAAGAGAAAAGGGUUUUUGGAUAACAAACUGAUGUGUUGCUGUUUUGCAUUGAAGAUUUAGCUGCUGUUGCUGGCCAGAGCCACAAGCAAAAAUUGAGAAGGAGAGUUGCAGGUCAUCGCAGAUAGCCAACUCCUAUCUGCCUCCCCAGGCAAGACUUAAAGCUUUGACUAUUGGUUUGUGGUUAGAGUUCAAACUUGGCUUCAACAUUCAGCCGACCGACAGCAGCGGCAGAAGCAGAAGCAACAGCUAGACACACAUGAGAGCCGAGGCACAGAGAAAAAUAUGAAAAAGAUAUAUAUUGGCAAAACUGCCCUAAAAACCCAGAGAAAUGGUUGCAAACAUCAGAAGAGAAGCUCAUUCCACGACCACAAGGAUGACCUCCGUAAGCGUCUGUCGUACACCACCCACAAACUAGAGAUGGUGGAAACAGAGUUCGACUCCACUCGACAGUACCUCGAGACAGAGCUGCGGCGCGCCCAGGAGGAGCUGGAGAAAUUUACCGAAAAGCUACGCAGGAUCCAAAAUAGCUAUGCAGCGCUUCAGAGGAUCAACCAGGAUUUGGAGGACAAGAUGCACAGGACGUCCCAGCACCAUGAAGAGGAGAAGAGAGCCCUCAGCCGGGAAAUCAUUGUUCUCAACAACCACCUCAUGGAGGCGAAGAUCACCAUUAAUAAACUCAGAGAGGACAACGACCUGUACAGGAAAGACUGCAACCUGGCAGCCCAGCUGCUGCAGUGCUCCAAGUCUCACUACAGAGCCCACAAGAUGUCUGAGCUGCCACUGGAUUUCCAGGAGCGUGUCAGUUCUCACAUGGAGAAACAUAAUCGAGGUAGUGGAGCCACGAUGGCUAUGUGUCACUCCAAUUACUCUGAUGCUGUGCCCACAGCCGUAAUUGCCAAGGUGCUGGAAAAGCCCGAACCCGGGAGCAGUUGCCCUGUAACGCGAUCACCCAGCCCUCAGCCGCAGGAUGGAGACUUUUUAACAGGAACCGGAAGCACCGAUCAUCUGAACCGUCGCAUUGCAUUUAAGACAUCUGACCUGUACUGCAGCGACACAGCCCUCUACUGCCCCGAACGAUGGCAAGACACAGAGCGCAGGCAGAGCGUCGACCUCCACGGCACCGCUCUGCUUCAGCUUCACGCCCAGAACUCCACUGACAGCAACCCAGAUGAAGAUGCUUUCCACUCUGAAAGUUUCUCUCAUCACGAGCCCCCAUCCUCUUUCCACCACCAUGAUGAGUUUGGCACUGGUAGCCUGCCUGCUUCCAGCACAUACUCCAGCUUCAGCCUUGCAUCAGAUGAGAAGGGAGGGGUAAGUGCUGGGUGUGGGCACACUGCCAGUAGCACCUUAUCCUCUUCCCACCAGGGUCUCUAUAUGGACUGGCGAGAUGGAGGCAGUGGGGACUAUGAGCGCAAAAGCAUGUCCUCUUAUGAUAAAGACAGCCCAAGCUUCCCCAAAUCCCACAGCAUCCAGCACAUGGUGGCUCCCAGGAGCCCACAGAAAGGCAGUUCACCAGCGUACACAAGGACAGCUUCCUGCUUCAGUGAACCGUACCACUCCAGUACCCCUCGCCUGGCUUCCUCUCACAGCAUGGGGUCUACAACUGGACUGGGAGGGGCUCGCGGAGGAGCCCUGGACAGCCGAGAUGACAUCCACGUCACCGAGGAUGAUCUGAGCAGCCGGUGGAGACAACUGAGUGUCGAAGACAUCAACACCAUCUCAUCUUAUCGUAACAUCACAGGGCGCGGCUCUCCAUACAGUUUCUCUGAGCACCACUUUGCCAUGGGCCCCUCCAGUAAAGUCAAGGGGUCUCUCUACAGCAGCUUCCAAGAAGGAGAUGAUGUCUUCCACAGCCGUGUGCUGGACCAGUGUUUUGCUCUGGAUUCCCCUUCGCCUAGUCGCAGUCCAAAACCUCUGGAGCAUCGUAAGCAGGAGAAAACUUCUGUGCUGUACAGAGCCAAGAAUGACAGUCAGGACUCAGAGUGCAGUCUGUUCCUCUCAGGGAGCUCGAAAGACAAGGAGAGCAGCGGGGGAGCAACGGCGGCGAGUAGCAGCAAGAAGGACUAUGUGAAUCUGAGUGCGGACAGCUCAGCGGAGUCCUUACACCAAAGCUCGCUCGAAGCCUCGAGUCUUCAGCACUACCCCAGCCCCAGGCCGAGCAUCCGGCCUCGACCGAGUUCCAGUUCUGCUCUCAGCGUAGGCCCUGCACUCCCAAAGAAGAACUCUCCAAGAUACCAAAAAUUUGGCAGCACAGGACUGACAAGGAAGGAUAGUUUGACCAAGGCACAGCUGUACGGUACACUGCUGAAUUGACCGAACAAAGAGAGCUCUUCAUUUUAUGCAUGAUGAUGGUGAUGAUGAUUCCUAACCUACUGUACUGUACUGUAUGUCUCCCUGCAGCAAACACAUGCUUGGUGUGAUGGGGUGUUCAGAUGUUGUUGUUUCAUGUACCUUAGCCACGGCACGUUUCACACAGUCUGCAAUGUUUUUUCUAUUGUAUGUCACGAUAUGGUGUAGCUACCAGAGACCAGCUAUUCAGUCUGUUUUUGUUUCCGUGAUAAUGAUGGUAAUUAGAGCCACCAGGACGAAAACACAUUCCCACACAGACCUGGCUACAUGAACAUACUGUGCUGUUUGUUUUUUUUGGUGUUAAGUACUGUUUGUAAAACCAGCAUAAGAACAUUACUUUCUGCUCUAAUAUAAACAGUAUCAAUAAUGGUUAAGCGAGGAUAAUGAGAUUAUUUAAUUAGUCGUUAAUUAGAUUAUCUAACAUGUAUAUUGAAAAAGAUUUAAUCAUUCCCUAUUUUCUGCUCAACAAAAUGCAUGUUGCAUAGUGCAUAAAAAUAGGGUAGAAAAACACAUUUUCAGUUGACUGCCCUUACUAAAAGGUACAUUUUUUAAAAACUGGUUACAUUAAACAUUUGAAUUCAUAUAUAAAUAUCUAAUUUAAUAUAACAAUUCAUAACAAAAUUUACAGACUUCCCACUUGUUAAGAAACUUAAAAUCCCUGAAUUUGUUCAUUAGUUUUAACAGACAUAUUACCGGUCAAAAGUUUUAGAACGCUCCAAUUUUUCCAUUUUUUAAUUGAAAUUCAAGUUUUUCAAAUCCAGUGAAUAGCUUGAAAUGAAACGAAGGUAAGCGGUGAUCUGUCAGAGGUUAUAAGAAAAGGUUAGGUUGCCCAAAAUUGAAAAAUAAUGCACAUUUCAGAAUUAUACAAAAAGGCAUUUUUCAGGAGCCUGAAAUGAGUUAACAACUUAAAGCUGUUCUGCAGCAAUGGAGGUUGAUCAAGCCUUAAAAGUUGGUGCUACCAAAUCCUACAGGUAUCCCAACUUUUCUUGAUUACUUACAACCCCCUGUGUCUGCAUAAAAGUAGUGUUGGAACACACUGUGGCAUCGUAUUCUAGAGAGCAUAUUUUGAACUGUACUGUACUGCAGAAACUAGUCUGUUGCAAUAAAAGUGGCAAAAAAGAGAAUUAACAAUAGAAUAGAGACAGACCAUCGUAACACUUAAAAAUGGAGGUUUUUCCUACAGAAAAAUUGCAAAGAAAAUCAAGGUGUCAGUGAGUACAGUUUUCUUCACCAUCAAAAGGCAUUUGGAAACUGGAGGAAACUCUGACAGGAGGAGUUCUGAAAGAAAGCCACAACAGAAACAGAAGACAAGUUUCUGAGAGUCAACAGCCUGCAUGAUAGGCGGCUCACAGGACAACAGCUUUAAGCACAGCUUAAUAGUGGUGGUCGUAAGAAGUCUCAGUUUCAACUGUGAAGAGAAGGCUUGGAGUUGCAGGUUUGACAAGUUGCAGCAAGAAAGCCACUGCUAAGACGUCAGAAUAAGAAAAAGAGGCUUGUCUGGGCAAUGAAACACCGCCAAUGGACUACUGAAGACUGGAAGAAGGUAUUUGGGACUGAUGAAUCAAAUUUGGAAUCUUUGGUUCAUCAUGCAGGAUUUUUGUAUGCCAUCGAGUAGGAGAAAGCAUGGUUCCUCAGUGUGUGACAUCAGCUGUCAAACAUGGAGGAGGAAGCAUGACGGUCUGGGGCUGUUUUGUUGGAUUCAGAGUCGGUGACUUGUACAGAGUGAGAGGAACCCUGAACCAAAACCGCCACCACAGCAUUCUGCAGCUUCAUGCAGUACCCUCUGGUAUGAGCCUAGUUGGUCAGGUGUUCAUCCUACAGCAAGAUAAUGACCCAAAACAUAAGUCCAAGCUAUGCCAGAACUACCUUAGGACAAAAGAACAAGAUGGUAAGCUUGAAAACAUGGAGUGGGAGCACAGUCUCCAGACUUAAACCCCAUGGAGCUGGUCUGGGAUGAACUGGACAGAAGAGUGAAAGAAAAGCAAACCAUAAGUGACACAGAUUUAUGGAAACUUCUGCAACAGAGUUGGGAAGAACUUUAAGAAGAAUAUUUGAUUUCCAUUGCGGAAAGAAUGCCACGAGUGUGUUCAGUUGUUAUAUCUGCCAAAUGUGGCUACUUUGAUGAGUCAAAAGUUUAGAGUACAUUUUAGUUUCUAAUUUUUUUUUAAAACUUCAAUUGUGUAUUUGUUGUAUGCUUUCAUUUCAGAGUACACUGAGACAUUAACAUCCAUAAUUUUCAACAAAAAACUGGGGUGUUCUAAAACUUUUGACCAGUAAUGUGUAUAUAUAGAUAUCAAUUUAUUGUUAGGUGAAAUGUUCAAAUACAAUAAUUAUAUAGAGAUGGUUAAACAGACAUUAUUUAAACAAUGAUACCAGAAGAUACCUGCAAGAUUUUUUUAACCUGCCGGAGGAGUUUUCAUAUUUUUGUAUCAAAAUAAGACAAACUGAAUGAAAUUGGAGGUUGCACAGUAGCUACUGUUAAAUGAGGACACUUGUGAAAUUGCCUUAAUUCUUGAACAGAACAGUCUCCUUUACAGCAUCUAACAAUUGUGUACAUAUUGUAUAUCUGCUGCAUUGUUACUGUGUGUAUACACUACUGUUACAGCGUUAUGCUCUUCCUAUCAGAUGGCACACACACACACACACACACACACACACACACACACACACACACACACACACACACACACACACACACACACACACACACACACACACACACACACACACACACACACACACACACACACACACACACACACACACACACACGGCCAGUUCCUACAAGAACAAUCUGUUCUCAUACAUUUUUCAGCUGAGAUCUCCAUUGAAAUUCCUUUUAGUUAAAUAUGACAACACUUUGAUGCUUGUUUGGAAAUCUGACAAAAGGAACCGAAAUGUCUACCUUGAUACCAACUUUUUUACACCAGUGGCACUUGAUACACAAACCGAAACAAAUGUGCUGGUUCCUGUAGUUUGCAAGAGAGAUUAAUUGGACAACUCUCCUGGCAGUUGUGCAAUGUAUGCACUCAAAGGUGCACAGGCAAGUGAACUGAAAAUUGGUAAGAAACAACUGAUUACGGACAAAAAUGUAUAGUCAGUGUGUUGUUUUACACCAGCAUGCUCAGCUCGGAUAUUUUAGAGAAAACACUGUGAACAUAGACAAAGCGUGUAUAUAUACAUACAUAGAAUGUGGCAAAGAUUUGCUCACCUAUUGAUGGAUUUUUAAAAAAAAGUGGUAAUAAGACCUUGCCUUAUGUUACAUGAAGACCUGGAAAGACGUUGUUCUGCGGCCCAACAAUCAUGUUAUCAUCAUUUCUAGUACACAAAAGUACAACAUGACAAUGUUUCAACAUCCGUGCACCAAGGAUUUCUUCCUGCUGAUGUAGCUCUGUAGAUCCGAGAGGAAUGGCGACAUGGAAAAGGUAAAUAAAGGGAACUUAGCUUUGCCCUUGAGUCGUCAUGUAGAUUUUAUUUUGGAAUGCCAUACUGUACCUCUCCAGUUCCUGUAGAUCUGAAAAUGGAUUUAAAGUAGUUUUAAAGAUGAUAAAGUGACACCUCUUCUUUUUGUCAUGUUUAUGAAGCCACAAAAAGUCUUCAGUCACACUAUAAUUCAGUAAGAUGAUGGUAUUAACAGGGUGACAAAAGUCUGAAUUCAAAUAUGACCACUGUACAGAGAGACAGAGGAUAUAUGGUAUUUUUGUUGUGGACAUAAUGUAUAAAAAGAGUCACUACAUACACGAUUGUUAUGACACUAUGACUAUUUUUUAUCUAGUUUCUGUUGAUGUUAUAUUUAUGGAAUAUUUUGACCCUGAAUGACGAGGCUGACGUGGUUCUGUCCUGUCCUACCUCCAGCCCUGUUCCAGGAACAACAGGCCAGCUGUCUAAAUGUCAACAUGUUUGUCUGUCUGAUGCAUGGUUAUAUAUUUUUGCUGUAUAUUUAUUUACUUAAUAAAGAUGAAUGUUGGAAAUACA